AAGGUUUCAAACCUCAGCCCACACUAUAUAACACCGCGCUCUCUCUCUCUCUGCAUAUCAUUCAUUAUAUUGCCUUUACGAAGUAUCUAUAGUUUCUUCCUUGCUGUAUAAUCGUUAAUAGUUUACAAAUAAGAAUGGGGAUUCUUGAUCAUCUUUCUGACAUGUUUGAUUGCUCUUCCGGCCGCCACUACCGCCGCCGCUACAAGAAGCGCCGACAACUGCAGACGGUGGAGAUGAGAGUGAAGAUGGACUGCGAAGGGUGCGAGAGGAAAGUUCGGAGGUCGGUGGAGGGAAUGAAGGGGGUGACGUCAACCCAGGUUGAGCCGAAGCAGCACAAGCUCACCGUGGUGGGCUACGUGGAUCCGGAGAGGGUGGUGGCUCGCGUGGCUCACCGGACCGGCAAGAAGGUGGAGCUUUGGCCCUACGUUCCGUACGACGUGGUCGCGCAUCCGUAUGCGCCGGGGGUGUACGACAAGAAGGCUCCGGCGGGGUACGUGCGGAAGGCGGAGGAUCCGCACGUUUACCAGCUCGCACGCGCCUCCUCCACUGAAGUUCGCUACACCACCGCCUUCAGUGAUGAUAACCCUGCCGCCUGCGUUGUCAUGUAAUGUAAAUCUUGAUUAGUUAAUUAUAGGAUUUGCUUUGUAGUGAUGUUUCAUAGUCAAAUACUGGUUUGGUAAAGGUGGUUAAAGUUGGGAAGAGUAUCCAUCUUGCUUUUUUUGCUUUU